UGAUAUGUGUCAACAAACAAACAAACAAAGCAAAGCAUCUAACAUACAUAUUAUAUGUUCCAAAGCUAGCUUUCUCAAAUCUUACAAAUUCUUUGUUUGCCGGGAGAAAGAGAAAGAGAAAGGGAUGUCGAUGUGUGGAUGCUUGUCUUGGAACAGAGUCACCGAUAUCGUCAAUCCCGAUUUCGAAUAUUUCUCCCUCCCUUCUCCGAUCCCCCAAUGGCCUCCAGGUCACGGAUUCGCUACCGGAACAAUCAAUCUAGGAGAAUUAGAAGUCUGCGAAAUCACCAAAUUCGAGUUUAUUUGGGGAAGCGAUAUAAAGAACAGAAGAAAAGGCGUCAACUUCUUCAAACCCAUAGGCAUACCAGACGGUUACUUCUGCCUCGGUCACUACUGCCAGUCUGAUCACAACCCGUUACGUGGAUUCGUACUCGUGGCCCGAGAAGUAUCCCGGUCUGAAUCACCCGCUCUUCUAAAGCCUAUAGAUUACACACUCGUUUGGUGCCCAGAUGACUGGACCCAAGAAAGCGUUCAAGGGCACGGCUACUUCUGGUUCCCUAUGGCUCCCGAGGGUUACAAACCUUUGGGCUUCAUUGUCACAAACAAGCCCGCAAAGCCCAGUUUGGAUGAAAUCAGAUGCGUUCGCGACGAUCUUACAGAUGUAUGUGAACCACACGGUAUUAUACUGAGUAUACAAUCUAAAAUAUCGGAAUCUUUUUUCAGCGUUUGGAAGACACGACCUUGUAAUCGAGGAGUUUACGAAACAGGCGUUUCGCUCGGUACGUUUUUCUGUAGUUGUCUUUGGAGUCCCGGUGAAGAUUUAAACAUUUCGUGCUUGAAAAACGUAAACCCGGGUUUGCAUUCGAUGCCGAAUCUUGAUCAGGUUCAUGCUCUCAUUGAACAUUACGGGCCCACGUUUUAUUUCCAUCCGGAUGAGAUUUACUUACCGUCUUCUGUACCAUGGUUCUUUGAAAACGGAGCUUUGUUGUACAAAAGAGGCGAGCCAGAAGGUCAACGGGUUGACCCGUCGGGGUCAAACUUGCCGCAAGGUGGGAGAAACGAUGGUGAAUAUUGGAUGGAUUUGCCGAAAGAUUCUAUGAAGAAAAAAAUAAAAAAGGGUAAUUUAGAGAGUGCGAAAGUGUACGUUCAUGUAAAGCCCGCUUUAGGUGGAACGUUCACCGAUAUUCAGAUGUGGGUUUUCUGCCCGUUUAACGGGCCGGGCUGUUUGAAGAUCGGGCUCAUGAAUUACCAGCUUAGUACAGUCGGGCAACAUGUGGGCGAUUGGGAACACGUUGCGCUUAGAAUAAGCAACUUUACCGGAGAAUUAUGGAGUGUGUAUUUAUCGCAGCAUAGUGCCGGUGUGUGGGUGGACCCCACGGAUUUGGAGUUCAUCGAAGGUAAUAAACCAAUCAUUUACGCAUCGAGAAACGGGCACGCGAAUUACCCGCAUGCUGGUGACUUACUUCAAGGGUCAGCGAAUCUCAGAAUAGGAAUCAGAAACACUGCUGCUUUCAGCAAGUAUUCGUUGGAUUCAAGUAAAAAUUAUGAAAUUAUAGCGGCAGAGUAUCUUGGAGACGGGGUUAUCAACGAACCGUGUUGGUUACAGUACAUGAGAAAAUGGGGCCCGACAACUGUACAUGAUUCGAGGGCUGAGAUGAAUAGAACCUUAAACCGUUUGCCUGAAACUCUUCGGUAUACAGCACAAAUUGUAUUUAAUAAAUUACCAAACGAACUAUAUGGCGAGGACGGGCCUACUGGGCCGAAGGAGAAAAGCAGUUGGUUUGGUGAUGAAAAGUGUUAGGUUUAUCUACUGCCACUUCCUAUUCAUUAUGUGAAUUUACCAAUAUACCCUCGAACCUAAUCACACGAAAGUGAUACUUUCAUGGUUACGUGAUUAAAGUAGAGAAACGGUAAUAAAUAUUUAUAGGUUUGUGCAUAUAUUGUAGCGUGUUGGAUUGUUAUAAAUGAUGUGUGCAUCUUGGUUGUAUAUUAUGUUGUAGCUAUCCUUUGUGUUAUUCUUAAUGAAAGAUUGCUGCUUGAAUUUAAGGCA